GCGGGACUGGGGAGCAUCUGGUGCGCUCGCGUCUGCACAAUGCGCUCAAGGCACUAUUUGGAAUUUAUUUCACAGGCUAUCCUUUCGAUGGAUAGAGCAAUGCUUGUUUCUUCCUCCAUUCAAACGUACGCUGCAUCAAUCCACCAAGUCUGUUCCAACAGAAGGACGUAAAUGGUUGUCAUCAUCAUCUUUGCUGCUCCUACUGUAUGUGGUCCUUGGGAUUUAUUGCUUCAAUUUGAAAAGUAGGAUAAUUCAAUGAUGUCGAUAUCGCUGUUGUUCCUGUUCUACCCGUCUGUUUUGCUCUUCUUUGGCUUUGGCUGCCGGUACGCUUCGAGCUUUGUGUGUCCGGGGAUCUGCCGGUGUUCCUCCAACACAAUUAGAUGUAACAACCUCACGGAGAAGUCCGUUCCAAUGAGCGAAAGGGGUCCAAGACUGGUCCUGAAGCAUCUGACUAUGAGCACUAUAGCCAGCCACACCUUUGAUGGCCUGAGAAGAGUCCAGCAUAUAGAAAUCGGUCAAAGUGUUGCCUUGGAAACUAUAGAGACCCUUGCCUUCAACAAUCUUCUCGACCUCAAUGAAAUCUUCAUUAAGAACACACGGAGCCUGGUGCACAUCGCUCGAAGGACGUUCAACAACCUUCCUAAGCUGCGUUAUCUGAGUAUAUCCAACACUGGGAUAACAGUGUUUCCUGACAUGACUUCUAUCCAUUCUCUGGAACCUUGGAACCAAAAUUUUGUCUUGGAUAUCUGUGACAACCUCUAUCUUCUAUCAAUACCAGUAAAUGCUUUCGUUGGCAUGACAACUGAAUAUACUGCAAUGAACCUGUUCAACAACGGCAUUAGAGAAAUACAAGACUAUGCCUUUAAUGGGACCAAGAUAAAUAAAUUGGUUUUAAAGAAUAACCGAAACCUCAGAGUGAUCCAUAGGGAAGCUUUUAAAGGAGCGGUGGGCCCUAGGAUACUCUGCAGGGAUCAACUACACAUACUAGAAAGGCAUGCAGUACACACACUAGAUGUCUCGUCGACGGCGAUAGAGACUUUGCCAUCCCAUGGCCUCAAUUCUGUCGUGGAGCUGGUUGCCCGUACAGCCUACGGCCUAAAGAGACUACCCCCUUUCAGGGGUCUGGGCAACCUGCAGAAGGCACACCUCACCUACAACAGCCACUGCUGUGCCUUACUCACCUGGGACACACACAGGGAUUCUCCAAUCAAUGCAGCACAACAUAAUGGAUCUAGGCCUACGUAUUGUGAUGACAGUCCGUCUGAAAAGUUUCCAGCUGGUAUGGUGGAGUCAUCCGACACAUCCCUACUGGUGGAAAUACAUGGAACAAAUGAAGAUAUCGAAGAUGAGUCCUACGGAGGUGUGGAUUUCCAGUAUCCAGAACUAGGGUUAUACUGUCAGACCAGACCAACACUCCAGUGUACACCAGAGGCUGACGCCUUUAACCCGUGUGAAGACAUAGCAGGUUUCAGUUUUCUCAGAGUCGCCAUCUGGUUCAUCAACAUCCUGGCGAUCAUUGGCAACCUGACGGUCCUCCUCAUCUUCUUCACCAGCCGCUGUAAACUCACCGUGCCACGCUUCCUCAUGUGUCACCUGGCCUUCGCUGACUUCUGCAUCGGCGUCUAUCUCCUUAUGAUCGCUGCGGUCGACCUCCACACCCGAGGCCACUACAGUGAGCACGCCAUCGAUUGGCAGACGGGAGCAGGUUGUAGUGCGGCGGGCUUCCUGUCUGUGUUCGGUGGGGAGCUGUCGGUUUACACGUUGUCGACUAUCACUCUGGAGCGCUGGCAUACGAUAACUCAUGCCUUGCAGCUGGAGAAGAGGCUAGGCCUGGCGCAGGCUGCUGGCAUCAUGGCUGGAGGGUGGUUGAUCUGUCUGGGGAUGGCCAUGCUCCCCCUGGUGGGGGUCAGCAGCUACAGCAGGGUGAGCAUGUGCCUUCCCAUGGACGUAAAGACUCCUCUGGCCCAGGCUUUCAUCCUCCUGCUCCUCCUCUUCAACGUGGGGGCGUUCCUGGUGGUCUGCGUCUGCUACGUCCUCAUCUACCUGGCAGUACGGAACCCCCAGUUCCCCAGCCGCAGUGCAGACGCCAAGAUCGCUAAGCGCAUGGCUGUCCUCAUCUUCACCGACCUCCUCUGCAUGGCACCCAUCUCGUUCUUCGCUAUAUCUGCAGCCUUUAAGGUUCCGCUCAUCACUGUCACCAACUCCAAGAUACUCCUGGUGUUGUUCUUUCCUAUCAAUUCCUGUGCCAACCCUUUCCUCUAUGCCAUCUUUACUAAGGCUUUCAGGAAAGAUGUUUAUCUGUUACUGAGUAACAUGGGCUGCUGCGAGAAUAUAGCUAAUAUGUACAGGAUGAAGGCCUAUUGCUCUGAGAAUUUGGUGAAGAGUAGUUCUGAGAACAAAGGGACUCUGAUUUGCACAACACUAAGGAUGGACCCUCUGCCAUUGCAGAGCCAACAGCUGAAAGAUGAUGGAGAUUUGGGGACAAUCUGAAAUGGCACCCUAUAGCUGAAAUACAUUUUAUCAAAGAGGAUGAAGAGUAGACUAAGCUUUUUUAUUUUGUUCUAUUCAUUAUCAUCAACAGUAGCAACAAGUGACCUUACAGUAUGGUAUUUUGUAGUGAAAUUCACUGGUUACUACAGUCUUACUGGGGGGGGGGUUGUUGUUCGGAUGGGACUUUUCUUUAACUUUUUUCUUUAACUGGGUCUUACAGUAGAUCCAGGAUUGUCUGCAAUUUACUGUAAAUCAAAGAGACGGUAAACAUUUGAACUCCAAUGUAAUUCUCAUAUGGCUAAAUGUGUCAUUCAAGCAAAUUGUAUUUAAAUAAAACAACAUUUUCUGUUGGCAUCCCAGACUUGCUUGGUGAAUCAAUCCUACACUAUGUACCUGUUUUGUAACAGAAUAACUAUUCAAAUAUAUAUAUACAUAUUUAUUUAUUUUACAGUCAUAUGUAAUAUCUUCAAGCAGAGGCUGUCUGUAGACCAUUAGAAUGAGACUAGUGUCCACAGACAGUGGUUAGACCAAGUGUAAACCAGCCUUGCAUUUCACAUAAGGCUCAAUGGCGACCCACAUUUUUUGCAAAAAAAUAAAUAAUUCAGAACAGCGAAAACUUGACUUCAGUGAGUUCAAGACAACUGGGAAGUCGGGAAUAAAUGAGCUCUGACUGGAAAAAUACGUUUCGAACGGUCAUCCAACUUGGAAUUGUACAUUCGGCCUCUUUCUAGAGCUAUGACCUGAAGAUCAAUGACAUCAUGAUUCGACCUUGUUUUUUUCAGUUCCCAGUUGUUUUGAAAGCGCCAUAAAUUCAAAGAAUACCAGACUUUGAUGAAAAAAUUUCCCCAUGAAGAACCGCUGCGUCACCUUCCUGUUCAAGUGAGCACAGCACAACAAGGUGUCUAAAAAUGUAUUGUAUGCUGCUGCUUAAAUUAUGUAAUAUGCCAGGGAGAUAUGUAUACCGUAGCUAAGAAAGUAAUACUAAGUGUAUGUUGUGUAGUAAGAUGUUAGUAGCCCAUGCGUCUCACCAUAAUAAUUUGGUCUAUUUACUGCUCUUUAUUUUCUUUACUGUUCUGACCUGGUGGUGCACAUGUAGCCUAUAACCUGUUUUAGAGAAAUGUAAUCAUCAAAUAUUAUAAGAGCUUUCAUUGUCUGCUUCAAUGCCCCCUUUACUUAUCCUAUGGUUCUGACUUGGUGUACAGGGAGAACACUGUAACAACGGCCCAUGUUUUGAAUUCUGUCGCUGUACAUUUCAAAAGUGCUAAACAAAUAGUUGUAUUGACUAUGUCCGUCCUAGCUCACUCAUUAAUGUCUUAAUCGAAAUGACGGAUUGCCUCUUAUCAGCUUGUUGUCCCCUUACGUCAUAGUUUGUACACCUCAAUUGUCAUUAGAAACCACAUUUGUUUAAACAAGUCAGCCAUAUCAGCAAUUUUUUUUUAAAGGCAGUAAAUGAACUGUUUCGCUGCCAGACAAGGCUCCGCUGAUCCCGUAUGUUGCAGUGGUAAUAUGUUGGAACUGCUGUUGGGACAGCUUUAUGUAGACCCUAACAGUUUGUGGGCACCGUUUGUCACCGUUAUAGUUCAAUUAAUGUAUUGUUUAGUGUUGUGUUGUAGUGACUUUGCUGGCAUACACCCCACUUUCUUUUUUUUUGCCCCACCAAGAUUUACAUGCUGAAAUCGCCACUGAUGAAGAAAGGUCUUUCUUGGUCUAUUUUGCUUGAAUAGCAGUAUUGUGCUCAAUAGUCAAAAGGCGGCGCACAUAUGAAAAUGGGUCCCCAUUAAUAUCAGAUAACGGUGUGUUUUUAUAAAAUGUGUUGUAAAUGCGAGCCUAUCCUUUAUUAUUCUAAUCUUAGUCAAAUCCCCUAUUGUCCAUGGACAGAAGACAAUGUUUACUUUUGUGAGGAUUCAAAAAUGUGAAUGGUUAGAUCAUUCACACAUCCACACACACAUAUGUAUACACUGACUGUACAAAACAUUAUGAACACCUGCUCUUUCCAUGACAUAGACUGACCAGGUGAAAGCUAUGAUCCCUUAUUGACGUCACCUGUUAAAUCCACUUCAAUCAGUGUAGAUGAAGGGGAGAAGACAGGUUAAAGAAGGAUUUUUAAGCCUUGAGACAAUUGAGACAUGGAUUGUGUACAGUAUGUGUGCCAUUCAGAGGGUGAAUGGGCAAGACAAAAUAUUUAAGUUCCUUUGAACGGGGUAUGGUAGUAGAUGCCAGGCUCACUGGUUUGAGUGUGUCAAGAACUGCUGCUGGGUUUUUCACGCUUAACAGUUUCCUGUGUGUAUCAAGAAUGAUCCACCACCCAAAGGACAUCCAGCCAACUUGACACAAGUGUGGGAAGCAUUGGAGUCAACAUGGACCAGCAUCCUUGUGGAACACUUUCGAGAUCUUGUAGAGACCAUGCCCAGACGAAUUGAGGCUGUUCUGAGGGCAAAAAGGGGUGUAGCUCAAUAUUAGGAAGGUGUUCCUAAUGUUUUGUACACUCAGUGUACAUCCAUGUACACUUCACAACUGCUGCUACCAGACUCUUAUUUACUAUUGCUAAUACUACACAUUUCAAACACCCCCCAAUCCUCCCUUCUCUGAUACAUGUGUAAAUAUUGUACUAUAAAUUGUGCCUUCCUGUAUCAUACUUGUGCUAAAAUGUCUAUUAUAUUCUUAUAUUGUAUUAUUUCUUAUUGUUGUUGCAUUGUCGAGAAGGAACUUGCCAGUAUACAUUUCGUUGGACAGUGUAUAUCAUACAUAUGACUAAUAAAACUUGAAACUGAAACCUG